CAUGGCAAAUGUAACUGUUUCUAUCUCUUGUUCUAAAACAUAUUAUACGUACAGCCCUGAACAGGCAGAUAAGCCAAAUUUGUGGUAGCAAAACUUGGGGAAAGGCAUAAAAGGGACUUUGGUAAAGGCUGAAGGAAUCCACCAGUUUUAUCUCAAUUGCUUAGAAGCUCAGAGAAGAAACUGUUCAGUUUAUUUGCCUACUGCUCUAGCAGCAAUGCUGCAGGCUGGGAAGAAUUUAUGGUAAAACAAAAAUGAGAGAGGAAUGAGUUCUGCUGGCUUCACGAUCACAAAACAGAGAAUCCUGUUUAAUUCCUUUCACAAUAUCACUAUGAGAAACUCUGAGAUUUACAGGUCAUUCUCAACAGACACAGACAAAAGGAAAAGUUCAAACAGAAAGGGUGGAUUUAUGGCUGAGAUGGUGGGUUCAUUGCGGGGCCCCUUUCAAAAUUCUGGUAUGAUGAAUCACUUACCCUUAGAUCUGUAAAAUGGGGAUAAGGAUACAACACAGAUGUUGUUGUGAGACGUCAAACAUUUAUGACCCUCAGCUGGCAGGCGCCUGUCUAAGUGCUAAGUAUCAUUAUUAUUCUCUCCAAAUCUGAGCCCUCCUGUCAGCAAGAGUUUCUCUCCAGGGCUGGAACUACUGUCUGCCCAGACGGAGUCCAGAAAAAGCAGACAGCAUCCCAUUAUAAGGAAACAUGCAGCUGUGCUCAUCUCAGCAUAAAGGCAUCAAUUUUAUUCGGCACUGUCAAAUGGAGAGUAAUUAUAUGGGGCAGGACAUAGGGACCCUGAAGCAAGUGUCCUGAAAGAGCCCCCUCUCAUUCAGCUGAAUAAGGUGCCUUCACCCAUUUGCACUGAUAAACCAUUAUCAACCCCUCCUCAUUCACAAACCCUCUCAGCCGCCCCAUAGACCCUCCUCUAUUGCAAGCAAAGGGAAGUGUUGGACAGGCUGAGCUGUUACCAUAGCAGCCACCCCUCUCCCUCUCCCUCUCUGCACUCCCACCAUUAUGGAAUUAUCCCAUUCUGAAAUGUCCUGUUGUGUCUAUUAAUACCCGACUUCCCCCAAACAAUGCUUCUCUCCACCCUCCUAAAAUAAUCAGGGGACUCCAAGAAGUCUGUGUUGAAGGCUGGGAAUUCAGUAGUAGCCAUUGUAGCUACCACAGUAGCACCAUGAACACUGGAAUAUUCAUACAGUAUAUUCAUAUCUGUAACAGCAGCAGCAAACCCCAUGCCAAGGGCUCAGCUGGGAAGAAGACUGCACUUCAGUGCAGGGGUGUCCUCUCCCCUGCUCUGUUGUGUGACUGAGCUGAUAACGCACUAUCAGAGCUAGAAGGACACUAUAUAGAGGGGCUCCCUUCUCCACCCUCAGCAACUCUGCAACUGUGGGCUCUUUUUGGAUUGUCUCCUUGUUUCACCGCUGCUGCUGCUUUUUGGUUUGCUGCCAUCAGGAGUUCCCUGAGAUUUUCCCCAGAAGGACCCUAUACUCCACCCAUAGGACUGCACUGUAAAGAGGUUUUUCUUUUGUACUUCAAAACUGUGGUGAAAAAUGAAUGGCCCAGCAGAUCCCUCAAGCCUACUUUUCAACUGCUCAAAUCAAUCAAACUUCUCUUUGGAAGCUUCAGAGCAAUGUGGCAAAGAGACACACCUCGAGAACAUACUUUUUGCCACUUUCUACUUCCUAGACUUCAUCUUGGCUUUUGUUGGCAACGCCCUGGCUCUUUGGCUUUUCAUCCGGGACCAGAAGUCUGGCACACCUGCCAACGUUUUCCUGAUGCAUCUUGCUGUGGCAGACCUGUCAUUUGUGCUGGUGCUUCCCACCCGCCUGGUGUACCAUUUUUCUGGUAAUCAUUGGCCAUUUGGUGAGAUCCCUUGCAGACUCACUGGCUUCCUUUUUUACCUCAACAUGUAUGCCAGUAUCUACUUCCUCAUGUGCAUCAGCGUUGACCGUUUCCUAGCCAUUGUGCAUCCUGUGAAGUCCAUCAAGCUUCGCAGGUCCCUUUAUGCCCAUCUGGCAUGUGCCUUUCUAUGGGUCAUAGUUGGUGUUGCAAUGGCACCUCUGCUGCUCAGCGUGCAGACAGCAGAGAUGAACAACACAACCAUCUGCCUGCAGCUCUACAGAGAAAAGGCAUCACGUCAUGCUCUUGUGUCCUUAGCAGUUGCAUUCACCUUCCCAUUUGUUACCACAGUGACCUGCUACUUACUAAUCAUCAGGAGCCUGAAGAGUGGGAACAGAGUUGAGACACACCUGAAGGAAAAAGCUAUCAAAAUGAUCAUCAUGGUCCUAAUGAUCUUUAUGAUCUGCUUUGUACCUUAUCAUGUCAACCGCUACAUUUAUAUUCUCCAUUACAACGGGACCAAAACUUCCUGUGAAACACAGCGCAUUCUAGCACUCAGUAACCGUAUCACUUCCUGCCUCACGAGUCUGAAUGGUGCCUUUGACCCAGUCAUGUACUUUUUUGUAGCUGAGAAAUUCCGUGAUGCUUUGUGCAACCUGUUUUGUGGUAAAAAGACUGUAAUAUUGCAUCAAACGUAUGAGGGUAAGACAAAUGAAAGCUCGCUAAGUGCUAAAUCUGAACUGUGACUUUUACCACUGCUUCAACAUGAGAACACUCUGUUCCACCAAAAUCAGCAGAGAGUGCAGAUAUGCAGCAUGACAGUCUACCCAAAGUGAAACUCACUCCUGAGGAGGGAAGUUCCAUCAUUUUAAUGGAACUAGAAUUAGUAAGAACCCCUCUGACAACUGAGAUCACAUGCUCCUGUCUUAGCGAAACUGCAAACACAAGUACAGUCCUACUGAUUUCCAAGAUGUGAAACUCAUGGCUGAACACUUAGGAAUAAGGAAGGGAACAAAGAGGCUGUUAAAUGGACAGCUUCUUUUUUCAAAAGGACUUAAUUCCCAAAGCAUUCAGCAAGGACUCUUCCUAUGCACAAUGCAUACAGCCUACUUUGGAAUUGUACCAGCAGUAGAGACCCAUUCCUGAGGUAGAUCUGCCUGAAGAGAGAGUGUGCUUGCACAUUUUGUUCAAGUUGCAAAUUCAAAGUGUUUAUACAUCACAGACAGAAAACUGAUGCUAAGUCAUAGCAAGAAAAAAAGCAAAAUACUGCAACGCUCCCAACCAGGACUGGAAUUCAGAUAGUACUCACAAUUUUUUAACUGCUUCCCAGCAUUCAGAGUUGGAGAUGAGCUCUAAGCUUCACACUACUACUUCUAUCUACCCUCUGCCAUGGCCCCAUGGCUUCAGACAGAGGCCAGACAACAUUCACUACACCUUAUCUUUUACGUAGUUCCAUGCAAAACAUCAGAUGUCUUGAUAACACUCAAACUGAAGAAUGGAAGAGGGCAGUUUAGGAACACAGCAUUCAUCUUUACUACAUACUGUGAACUUCUGUCUUAAAAAAUGGUGAAGGUGAAGAAAAGCAAAUAUAGGAAAAAACAAUAGAAUCAUUUAGGUAGGAAAAGACCUUCGAGAUCAAGUCCAACCACCAACCUGACCUACCGACUCUCAUCACAAAAGCAUGUCCCUUAGCGCCACAUCCACAUGCCUCUUAAAUACCUCCAGUGUACUGAAGUCCCACUUGCCCAAAGCAGAUCCUUACCUUUGAGAUGUUUUACAUUUAUUUAAUUUCUGCAAUUUAUCUAGCAAGACUAUUUAUUCACUGCAGAUAAAGUAGGGAUUACCUUAACUACCCUCACUGAUAUAAACUGCAUCCAGUGGAAUAUGUCUGGGAAUGACAAACACACCAGGCAAGACCAGGUACAAUGAGAAAGUGGAAAAAGGACCCAAGAGUUUCCGAUAGUAUUUACUAGCAGAAAGCUUCUAUGCUAUAGUGAUAAAUGUUAGCGGAAAUGAUGAUAGGUGAAUUAUAUUUUGGACAAACACAUACCUAGCCGCACACAUCCCUCUUCUAUGCUUUUAGGAAAAAGCUACUUACCAUUUUAGGUUUGGUCCAUAAAUUAUGAAAUCAAACCUACUUUUUCUUUCUUGAAUUGUUUCAAUCCUAGCUGCUUUCCUAAAAACACCCAGGAACUCUCCUAGGUGCUACGACAACAGCACAAAUUCUAACAAGCUAAAGUGUCAAAACAAAAUCUAUUACGCCCAGCUCUAAAAAUUAAGGCACAGAAGUUGCAUGCAGGAUUGGACAGAAAAGCGAUUGAGACGGCUUCCCAUUGCACAGGAUACAAAUACAGAACCUUUACUUCCCCACCAUUCAGCUAGUGAAAAUAUAAACUCCAGGAAACUAGUAAGCUUUGUUCAAGACAUAUGACAGCCAGAAAUUAACUGUGAAUUGUGCAACACUGGGUGUUAUUUGCUAGAGAGUUUUGUUUUCUUAUGAUUUGUUUUUGUACAAGCUUCUUUCUAUGUUUUUAGUUUCUUACCUCUAAAUUAAACGCAUUAAUCAACCUUAGGACCCAUUUUUAUGUUUCUGUAUUUGUAAAAUGAAUGGUUUCUGAAGACCAGUGGAAUCUUAUGCUGAAUAUGCUUUGAUGUAAUCCUCAUGUUAUUCUCUUGGACUUUUGCUAUGCCUUGAUUUGCUGCUCUGCAGCUUACUUGACAAAUAGCCUACCCAGCAUCACAUAAUCCCUUUUUCUCACUUGCUACCUGGCCUUUUGCCUAUAAUCCCUUUCUUUUCCAGAGCCUAUCCACUCACUACUAAAAUUUGAAUUUCUGCUUUCUAUGCAUUUCAUUGAAUGAAGAACACUAUUCUUCAUUCCAUUUCCCAUCUCCUAACAGGCUACUCCUUAUAGCUUCUCCUCUACCUUUCCAAGCUUUACCUCCCAGUAUACAGUCAACCGACCACUCUCCACAUCUCACUACUGUAUUGAUAACAUAGUGACACAACUUCCAGAGCUCCUGCUCUAU